AUGAAUCUUUUCAACCUGGACCGUUUUCGUUUUGAAAAAAGGAAUAAGAUUGAGGAAGCGCCCGAAGCAACCCCUCCACCCUCCCAGCCUGGCCCUUCCUCACCCAUUUCUCUCAGUGCCGAGGAGGAGAACGCUGAAGGGGAGGCUAGCAGGGCAGCCAGCCCCGACUCAGAUAUAACUGAAAAGACAGAAGAUUCUAGUGUUCCAGAAACUACAGUAAAUGAAAGAAAACCAACUAUAUCAGAUUUGAAGAAUCAAGGAGGAAUACAGUAUAUUGAUUUGUCUUCUGAUAUUGAAGAUACUGAUUCUCCAAACUGCUCCAAAGACACAGUAAUUAUAGUUUCUGAGCCAUCUGAAGAUGAAGAUUCCCAAGGCCUUCCUGCUAUGACAGGUAGAAAUAAUGCUAUUUCAGAACUGGAAGACCUUUCAGAACUGGAAGACAUUAAAGAUGCUAAACUUCAGACAUUGAAGGAACUCUUCCCACAAAGAAGUGACAAUGAUUUGCUUAAGUUGAUUGAAUCAACCAGCACAAUGGAUGGAGCAAUUGCUGCUGCCUUGCUGAUGUUUGGUGAUGCAGAAGGUGGUGGACCCAGGAAAAGAAAGUUGUCUUCUUCUUCAGACUCAAAUGAGGAAGAUGAAUGUAAUGGUAAUCAAACCAUAAAAAAGAAAAAAAUGGAUCAUGGAGAGGAAUCAAAUGAGUCUGCGGAAUCUAGAAGUAUUUGGGAAAAGCAGGAAAGUAUUGUAUUGAAAUUGCAAAAAGAAUUUCCCCAUUUGGGUAGAAAGGAACUAAGGGACGUACUCAAGGAACAUGAAUGGAUGUACACAGAAGCCUUAGAAUCUUUAAGAGUGUUUGCAGACGAUCAAGAAUAUGCUUCACAAAGUGAAUUUCCAAAUGGAAAAGAAGUUUCUUCGAGAAGUCAAAAUUAUCCUAAAAGUAUAGCUAAAGCAAAACUUAAACAGAAAUAUGCCAUGAAAGCACAAAAUGGUUUUAACAAGAAACGUAAAAAAAAUGUAUUCAAUCCGAAGAGAGUUACUGAAGACUCUGAAUAUGAUUCAGGUUCUGAUGCAGGUAGUUCACUAGAUGAGGACUAUAGUAGUGGUGAAGAAGUGAUGGAGGAUGGUUAUAAAGGUAAAAUUCUUCACUUCCUUCAAGAUGCUUCAAUUACUGAACUUACUUUGAUUCCUCAGUGUUCUCAGAAAAAGGCUCAGAAGAUAAUAGAACUCCGGCCCUUUAAUAGUUGGGAAGCUCUGUUCACAAAGAUGUCCAAAACUAACGGCUUAUCGGAAGAUUUGAUAUGGCACUGUAAAACAUUGAUCCAAGAAAGAGAUGUAGUUAUAAGGCUUAUGAACAAAUGUGAAGACAUUUCAAAUAAAUUGACAAAACAAGUUACCAUGCUUACUGGAAAUGGAGGUGGAUGGAACACAGAACAACCCUCUAUUUUGAAUCAAAGUUUAUCACUCAAACCCUAUCAGAAGGUUGGUUUGAAUUGGUUGGCAUUGGUACAUAAACAUGGACUCAAUGGCAUUUUGGCAGAUGAAAUGGGCCUAGGAAAAACUAUUCAAGCCAUUGCAUUUCUGGCAUACCUCUAUCAGGAGGGUAAUAAAGGUCCUCAUUUGAUCGUUGUUCCUGCAUCAACUAUAGAUAACUGGUUAAGGGAAGUUAAUUUAUGGUGCCCCAGUUUGAAGGUGCUCUGUUACUAUGGUUCUCAAGAAGAACGUAAACAGAUAAGAUAUAACAUUCAUAGUAAAUAUGAAGAAUACAAUGUAAUUGUGACCACGUAUAAUUGUGCAAUCAGCAGUUCUGAUGACCGUAGUCUCUUUCGACGACUAAAACUUAAUUACGCAAUUUUUGAUGAGGGCCAUAUGCUGAAGAAUAUGGGCUCUAUUCGCUACCAGCACCUUAUGACCAUUAAUGCAAAUAACCGUUUACUGCUCACAGGCACACCUGUGCAGAAUAAUCUAUUAGAACUCAUGUCGCUGUUGAAUUUUGUUAUGCCACACAUGUUUAGUAGUAGCACAAGUGAAAUACGAAGGAUGUUUUCUUCUAAGACAAAACCAGCAGAUGAGCAAAGUAUAUAUGAAAAGGAGAGAAUAGCACAUGCAAAACAAAUUAUAAAACCAUUUAUUCUCAGAAGAGUAAAAGAAGAGGUUCUCAAGCAGCUGCCCCCCAAGAAGGACCAGAUUGAGCUGUGUCCUAUGUCGGAGAAUCAGGAGAAACUCUACCUGGGUCUUUUCAGCAAAUUGAAAAAGUCUAUCAAUAACUUGGAAAAAAACACAGAAAUGUGCAAUGUCAUGAUGCAAUUGAGAAAAAUGGCCAAUCAUCCUUUAUUACAUCGCCAAUAUUACACAGCUGAAAAACUCAAGGAAAUGUCCCAGCUUAUGCUAAAGGAACCUACACAUUGUGAAGCUAACCCUGACCUGAUCUUUGAAGAUAUGGAAGUUAUGACAGACUUUGAAUUACAUGUACUUUGUAAACAGUAUCGGCACAUUAAUAACUUCCAGUUAGACAUGGACUUGAUUUUAGAUUCUGGAAAAUUCCGAGUUUUGGCACGCAUUUUGUCUGAACUAAAAGAGAAGGGUGAUAGAGUUGUAUUAUUUAGCCAAUUUACCAUGAUGCUGGAUAUUUUAGAGGCUCUUUUAAAACAUCAUCAGUAUAGGUACCUCAGAUUAGAUGGAAAGACUCAGAUUUCUGAAAGGAUUCAUUUAAUUGAUGAGUAUAAUACCGAUAUGGAUAUCUUUGUAUUUCUGCUGUCAACAAAAGCUGGUGGCUUAGGAAUAAACCUGACUUCAGCAAAUGUUGUUAUACUUCACGAUAUUGACUGUAACCCUUACAAUGAUAAACAAGCAGAAGAUAGAUGCCAUAGAGUAGGCCAGACAAAAGAAGUACUAGUUAUAAAAUUAAUAAGCCAAGGAACGAUUGAAGAGUCUAUGCUAAAAAUUAACCAACAGAAAUUGAAACUAGAGCAAGAUAUGACCACAGUAGAUGAAGGAGACGAAGGGAGCAUGCCCGCAGAUAUAGCCACAUUACUUAAAACGUCAAUGGGCCUAUGA